UGACAAUAUAAUUAAGCACACUCAUGUAUGGCCUUUGUGACAUAUUUACCAGUAUUGCCAGACUACGGUGAUAUAUAUAGGCCUAAUUUUGUGGCACGCCAUACAGGGUUUGAUAUGUGGUUUAUGUGUGUCCAUUUAGACCUCUAUCACUACCGUCAUUGCCUUAUCAUUUGCUGUAUUAUAUUGGUUUGGUGUUUUUCGUUGUUUUAGCCUACAUGUACGUGAAACGAACGACUUGUUAAGGAUUCACCCAAUAGCAAGGUAAGGGCCAAGAAGUAUGACUUCGCCCCACGUACCGUCAUUGCCUCAUCAUUUGCUGUAUUUUAUUAGUUGUUGUUUUUUUUCGGUUUUGGGCCUAAAUGUACAUGUACGUGAAACGAACGACUUGUUAAGGAUUCGCCCAAUAGCAAGAUAAAAAGCAACUUCCAUCAAGAUGAGGAGGAUACUUUCGCACCACAGACGACUUCAUCCGGUCAGUGCUCAAUUCGUACGAUCCGUGCAGGCCCAAGCAGAUCCAACACUUCAGCCCCCGGACCAUGACAAAAACUUUAAAUCAUGGCGAGAGCUACCCGGGCCACCAAAAGGGUUCAUCUCCACCCUCAUAGGUUACUUCACCGCUAUGAAGGAAGUCAAUUCUGGGCAGAUGCAUGUGUUUUAUAAAAACUUGAGCGACACAUAUGGGAAGAUGUUUAAAGCAGAAUGGCCCAACAUGCCCCCUAUGGUCAUUAUGACUGAUCCUACCAUGGUGGCAGAGCUGAUGCGUCAAGAGGAGAAGUUUCCCCGCCGUACUUACAACGGUGCUUGGGGGGAAUAUCGGGAUCGGAAUGGUCUGAGUCGCGGUUUGCUCACAAGCGAUGACGACACCUGGUGGCGGUACAGAAAAGCAAUCCACAAGAAAAUGAUGCGUCCCAAGAGUGUGAACGAAUAUGGCGAGCAGUUAGAUCAGGUGAUGGUGGACUUGGUUGAGCAUAUCAAACGUGUAAAAACGAAGGGAGACGGUAUUUUCGUGCCAAAUCUUGCCAAUGAAUUCUACAGGUGGGGCAUGGAAGCUGCAUGCGUUGUUCUAUUUGAGAAGCGUUUCGGAUGCUUAGAGGAAAAAGUAAAUGCCCAAUCGCAGAGGUUUAUUGAUAGUAUCGAGAAGAUGUUUCUGACCUCUAUGCCUCUCUACAAUAUGCUCAGGCUUCACAAGAUGUUUAACACAAAGACGUAUCGCAAUCACAAUGAUGCCUGGAAUGGCAUAUUCGAAAUCGCAAAUAAAACAAUUCGGAGCAAGAUGAUCGAACUGGAGCGGUCGCGGUCUGCGGAUGAGGAUGAGGAGAUGAAAGGAGGCGUACUUUCCUAUCUCUUGGCGAAAAAAGAACUCACCUUUGAUGCCAUAGUGGCUAAUGUAACAGAACUUAUGUUAGCCGGCGUUGACACAACAUCCAACUCUCUUUGCUUUGCUGUGCACCUUCUGACAAAAAAUCCACAUACCAAAGACAAGCUCUAUAAUGAGGUUCGACACGUGGUUGGCGAUCGGUCGGCCACAACGGACGACCUUCAAAGCAUGCCGUAUCUGCGAGCUGUGGUCAAAGAAACGUUGAGAUAUUACCCAGUAGUAUUCCUCAAUGUACGUGAAACAAGAGUGCCGAUAACGCUUGGUGAAUACCGUGUAGACGCAGGGGUCAUAGUCGCAUCCAACAUAUAUGCAAUGUGUCGUGACCCCAAUACUUAUAAAGACCCAGAGAGUUUCAUUCCUGAGCGUUGGCUCCGGGGAAGUGGCGAUAACAUCAAUCCGUUCGCAGCGAUGCCAUUUGGUCACGGUGUGAGGAGUUGUAUUGGCAGAAGGUUCGCGGAGCUGGAACUUUAUCUUGCUCUUAUUAAGAUAUUACAACAUUUUGACUUGAAGCCACAUGGAGACAUGUCACAGCUGAAGCCGUUUAACCGAACUAUACUCUCGCCUGGUAAGAUUGUGCCCGUCGAGUUUCACGACCGAAUGUGAACCGUCAACAAUGCAUAAUUCAGUUAAGACUCUGUCGAAAAUAAUUGGAACUCAAUAACACAGUCAUGGAAAUAUCAAUAGACAGUCUGUCCAUGUAACAUAUUGACUUGAACAUACAAAUGUUUUAGGCACUGUAGCACACGCAGGUAAAGAGCCUUCUGGAAGAAGAUCAACAUUCUGGAUUCUAGGAGCCUGAUAUGAGAUGGAGUUCUGCAAGCGUUUCAAUGUCAAGUCUGAUUAGAAUAGUGUUUUAUGACCGCGGUUUUCCUACUUGCCUAUCUUGCCAGCGGUAUUUGGUUGUCUAAUCAAGAUCGAUCGGAUAGACCGAAAAUGCACUGUAGAUUCCGAGGCAUCGAUGAUAUUUCUUGUAAUUUAAGGUCUACCCGAGCGACCCUAAAGCGAAUUUCGUACGAGCAAUACAAUACCUUUACCGCCCCUCAGUCAAUAAUCUGACUUCUGGGAGGCUGUGGUAAUUUAGUACCAGUAGCUGAAGUGCCUUUGCCUUUGCCAGGCUUCGAUUCUACACGUAAUGCCUUUUCAGCGAAUUUCUUUUCGGUCAUGUUCUUUGCUUCAUGGCGGGCGGUUUCAUGAGUUCGUGCUAGGAUUAUCGUUUUCUCCAACGUUUACUUAUCUUGGCCUAGCAGUUUGACCCUUAGGUCAUCGUACCUGCAUUUUUCUACCACAUGGUCCCGUAGGAGAUCAUUCUCCGAUGUCCCGUUGUCACAGGAACGAACGAGGUCACGCAAUGCAGUGAUAUACUGAUCGAUCGUUUCUUUCGGACCCUGUGCCCGCUGUCGGAACCGAUAUCUUUCCGCGAUUACAUUUUUCUUUGGCAUGAAAUACGCUUGCAAUGCCGCCUUCGCAUUGGUAUACGUGUUCUUCUCUCCGGGGAGCGUGGUAAAUAUGCGUUGAACCAAAGCCCCAAUACAAUGAAGCAAGGUUGCCCUACAGAUUUUAUCAUCCUUGGCAUCCAACCCGGAGGCAACUUCGUAUAUCUCGAAGGCCUCUACCCACUGCUGCCACUCAGUGGCCUGAUCUGAAGCGUUUAUAUUCAGCGGUUCUGGUGCUUUCAAAUGUUCAGCCAUGCUUAUGCAUUAAAUACACAGUCAAUGUACAGCAGUGGUCUAUGUGAUGGGUCUGGAUCAGCACUUUUCAAAGUUCGUUUUCUUGGUUUUCAAAAGUUCAUCAUGCCCAAAAAUACCUCGUAUCGGUUACGUAAGUUCUUAUAUCCCAUCCUCGUCGCCGUAUGUUGUAUCGUAGACUUUGUAGAGAGUUGAUGAAGACGGAUUUAAUAGUGUAUAACAAUAACGUGAUUGGUUAUAUUUAUCAUUCCACUUCCGGUCUCUCGGUCUCACUUUACAGUCGCAUGAUAGUACAUACAUACAGUGGUCUCACUAAGCAGUUGCGUGGUACUACACAGCAUGCUACAUGUUGGCCGAAACGUCGGUUGUGCGAAACCCCUUUAAUGGCAUUUGAUCACUGUUGAAUUUAGAUUGUGAAAUAAUUCGAACGGGUGUACUCAAACUCUAACGCUCUCUGAUCUGUAGAUCUCUAUCGUAUUCAAUAAACCACGCUUUUUAACAAAAUUUAUAAGAUUGCCAUACGAAUCUGUUGAGAGAAAGGGACAAUACUUGCAACUGAAUACAAGAGUUUUUUCCUUCAUGCAUGCCGAAACGAUAUUACCACAUUUUAUUUCAAUUACGCCAUUGCCCAGUUGUCGGCAAAGAAUCCGCUGAUAAGCUACAUCCCAGAAGUAAUUGGCUAAACCAGUUGCCCCAAUCCAGCUCCCACUCUCCACAGUAUCUUCCAUGUAAUUGUGCCUGUUCCUGAAAACAAUAACAUCAAUACGCUCUUCAAUGGCGAUGACGUCACCGCUAUUUGUCAUCACUAAUUUAACCCCUCCGAGCGUGACGGGCCUGUGGGCUGGAUCACAGCCCGCGGCUUCGUUACAGUCCGAAUUUUAUCCAAACGACACUCUAUAUGAUAUUGAUCCGAUCAGUAAUUGCUUCGCAAAGAAGUUUAAAUAAAAAUCUUACCAUCUAGCUAAAU